AUGGCCCAAGAAUUAAAAUCCAAGGGCAACGAGCUCUUCAAAAAAGCCGACUACAGCGGCGCCGAGGAGCUCUUCUCGCAAGCAAUCCAAAAGAACCCUCACGAUCCAACCUUCUACACCAACCGCGCCAUCACCCGCAUCAAACUCGGCCAAUGGCCCGGCGUCGAGCACGACGCCCGCGCCGCCAUCGACAUUUACGGUCCCAAGAACCCCGUCGCCCUGAAGAGCAGCUACUACCUCGCGCAGGCUCUUCUGGGCCUCCAGCGGCCGCAGGAGGCUUACCACGUCGCGCACGACGCCUACGAACAGAGUCUCGAGGCGAAGAAUGCCCAGACGGAGAACCUCUCGCGGACGGUGCUGCGCGCCAAACAGCAGUUGUGGGCGGCGCGCGAGACGGCGCGCCUGCGCGAUAUGAACGAGACGCUUGGGAGCGUUGAGGCACUUAUAGAGGCGGAUUUGCAGCGCGCGUUGGCUGAGCUGCAGGCGCAGCUGGACCGCGGCGAGAUCGGGCAGGUUGGCUGUACGGAGGAUCAGGCGGUGCUGCGGGCCGAUGCUGAGACCAAGGUCGGGAAUCUUCGCGAGGCGUUUCGGCUGGCCUCUCAGGGUGAGAUUCAGGAGCGGGUCGUGCCCGACUAUCUCAUCGACGGCAUUACCUUUGAGAUCAUGCAUGACCCUGUCAUGACGCCCUCGGGCAGCAGCUUCGAUCGCAUUGGGAUUGUCAAGUACAUCGAGAAGUCCGGCGUGGAUCCGCUGACUCGGGUCCCAGUGACGGUCAAAGACCUGCGGCCGAACUAUGCGCUCAAGGCGGCAUGCGAGGAAUUCCUGACCAAGAACGGGUGGGCAGUUGACUGGUGA